AUGGCAUACGGGGCAGAAAUUUGGGGAUGGAAGGAGAGAAAAGAAAUGGAAGGGGUACAGGAGAGAAUCUUAAAACGGACGUUGGGGGUGGACUGGUGCACACCGGGAUACAUGAUAAGAGAAGAAACGCAAAGAUCGAAGGUGAGCCUAAAAGCGGGAAGAUUAGCAUGGGGAUUUGAAAGGAGGAUGUUGGAGGGGAGAGGAGGGGAAUUAGCAAGGAAAUGCUUGGAGGAGAUCAUAUUCAGAGAACAAAGAGAGAGACCUAAAAGCAAAUGGGAAGAGGAGAGGAAAAAAUUCUUCGAAGAAAGAGGGAUAGAACAAACAAAGCUGGAAGAGAAAAGGAGAAGGAGGGAAAUGGGAUUCGAAGAGAUAGAAGAGGCAGAUAUACGGAUGCAAGAAAAAGAAAGAUGGGAUAAAAUACUGGAAGCAAGAUACAACAAAUGGUACAAAGAGAUCAAAGAAAAGGGAAUGCCUAAGUAUUUAGAAAAAGGAUGGAAAGAAGAAAGGUGGAAAAGAGUAGCAAGAUUCAGGAUGGGAAAUGAGAUUAACGGGGCUAAAUACUGGGAAAGUGAAGAGAAAAGGAAAUGUAGAAUCUGCGAAUGGGAACAAGAGUCGUGGGAGCACGUAUGGGAAGGGUGCGGAACAAGCAAAGAGAGAAAAGAAGGAUGGCAAGAAAUAGUCAAGGUGCUGCAAGGAGAAGACGGAGAAGGGGAACGCUGGAUGAAAGAAAUGGAGAAGGAGAAAGAAACCGGAGAAAGACAGAGACGGUCGGAACGAGAGGGAGCAGCAAUACCGACAGAGUAA